GGGACGGGGGUCAGCAGUCUAUCUCAUUCUCCUGAAGAAGGCGACACUACUCCAUACAGUUACACUUGUUUCCCUGUUGAGAUUUCAUUGGAUCCAAUGCUGCAUUAGUUUUUUCUCUCUCAAUCUCUGAUUCUCAAUCCGAAUCAGCCCUGCGGGUUUGACUUAGGAAGACUUAAGUAUACCAAUCACUAUAUAAUUUCAAAUCCUCAUUUUCAUUUUCAUCUCCUUGGUGUGUGGGAUCAAUUAGAUCUCGUUUUUGUAUUGGUAAAAAUGGAUCAAUUGUCAGCUAUCAGUGAGGAACUCGCAGAGAUCGAUGGCCGCAUAGCCGAUAAUUUCCGCUCUCUAGCGAAUGGCUUCCAGAAGCUUGACAAGAUUAAAGAUUCCAGCAGGCAGAGCAGGCAGCUCGAAGACCUCACUGACAAAAUGCGCGACUCCAAACGUCUUAUAAAAGAGUUCGAUAAAGAGGUGAAAGCUUUGGAGGCUAAUUUUGACAGAGAAACCACCAAAAUGUUGAAUGACAAGAAGCAGUCCAUGAUCAAAGAGCUCAAUUCAUAUGUCGCUUUGAAAAAACAAUAUGCUUCAAAUAUUGAGAAUAAGAAAAUUGAGCUGUUUGAGGGAGCCAAUGAAGGUUUUGCAGAAGAAAAUGUCUUGUUAGCAUCAUCAAUGACAAAUCAACAGCUAAUGGAUAAUGGGAAUCGGAUGAUGGAUGAGACAGAUCAAGCCAUCGAGAGGGGAAAGAAGGUUGUUCAAGAAACAAUAACUGUCGGUACAGAGACUGCAGCAGCUCUGAAGGCUCAGACAGAACAAAUGAGCAGAAUUGUCAAUGAAUUGGAUUCUAUCCAUUUCUCUAUAAAGAGAGCCUCUCAGUUGGUCAAGGAAAUCGGUAGGCAGGUUGCUACUGACAAGUGUAUUAUGGGAUUACUUUUCCUUAUUGUAGCUGGAGUAGUUGCUAUCAUUAUUGUAAAGCUUGUACACCCAAACAACAAGGACAUCCGAGACAUUCCCGGAUUAGCUCCUCCAGCCAUGAACAGAAGACUGCUUUGGAGUCAAAGUCACAGUUAAGUAAUCAGAAUUAACAACUGUGAUGUGCUCAGAGAGAGACAGUAAAAUGAUCGAAGAUAGACUUUGCGAUAAGCUCAUGAGAUUGAUUCACAUGCUCUUUGGUUUGAUGAUGAUAUUGGCUGCAGCUGUUGGAAAAUUCGUGUUGCUAUUAAUUGGUUGGGUUUGUUUAUUUUUACAUAAAUAGUGUAGGGGUUGAUUAACCUGAAGAGUGAUAUACUAUGGGCCUAGGCCUGCACUUUUGAUUUAUUUAUUUAUUUUUCUUGAACUGAACAUUUUUCACUGAAGCUGCCGGCUAUAGAAUCAUAGGGAAAAGCCAAUCAAAUGAUCCAUCAGGAGUGUUUUGUUGAUUAUAGUGUUGUCAAACUUGUAACAUACAUAUAUUGAAUCUUUCAUUCUAUGAUUUAUUUACUAUUAUUAUUCUUGGUUAAUUAACAUGAAGCA